AUGCAUCUCUCAACCUUUUUCUCCAUCCUCUCCCUUUCCCUCGAGUCAUUAGCCGCCGCCACCGAUGUUCCCGAGGGCUUAAAGAUCGAGAAAACCCACUCCGUCGAAUGCAAGCGGCGCACCGCCAACGGCGACAACGUCAACAUGCAUUAUCGCGGUACUCUUGCAGGUAGCGGCAAGCAAUUCGACGCCAGCUAUGAUCGUGGAGAGCCGUUGAGUUUCGUGUUGGGCGCGGGGAUGGUCAUCAAGGGUUGGGACCAGGGUCUUCUCGACAUGUGCAUUGGUGAUAAGAGAAAGCUGACGAUCCCGCCGGAGCUCGCUUAUGGAGACCGCGACUUGGGAAUAAUCCCAGCCGGAUCGACUUUGGUCUUUGAAACGGAGUUGAUGGGUAUUGAUGGCGUGUCGAAGGACGAGCUUUGA